GUGAUCGUGGAGAACGGGGAGCUGAUCAUGGGCAUCCUGUGCAAGAAGUCCCUGGGCACGUCGGCCGGGUCGCUGGUGCACAUCUCCUACCUGGAGAUGGGCCACGACACCACCCGCCUCUUCUACAGCAACAUCCAGACCGUCAUCAACAACUGGCUGCUCAUCGAGGGGUACAUCCAGCGGCGCCUGAUCAAGUCCAUGGAGUCGGUGAUGGUGAAAUACGACGCCACGGUGCGCAAUUCCAUCAACCAGGUGGUGCAGCUGCGCUACGGCGAGGACGGGCUGGCCGGGGAGAGCGUGGAGUUCCAGAACCUGGCCACGCUCAAACCCUCCAACAAGGCCUUCGAGAAGAAGUUCAAGUUCGACUACACGAACGAGCGGGCGCUGCGGCGGACGCUGCAGGAGGAGCUGGUGAAGGACAUCCUGUCCAACGCCCACAUCCAGAACGAGCUGGAGCGCGAGUUCGAGCGCAUGAGGGACGACAGGGAGGUGCUCAGGGUCAUCUUCCCCACGGGGGACAGCAAG